AUGGUGCUUGCUGAACUAGGCAAGAGGCUUGAGAGUGUUGGUGACUUUGAGAUUUCCGUUGGACGCAAUGGGAAAGUCUGGGUGGAUUGUGCCAACGCUGCUGAGAGCUCCAUUAAAGCGUCCAUCGUCCAAUGUGAUGAAAAUAACCUGAAUAUAGUGGAUCAGAAGAAGCUGGUGACUAAGGUUCUACGGGAGCUGAAACUGGACUCAUGA